AUGGAGUCAGUGAAGAAAAUGGUAGCUGAAAAGCCAGUGGUUAUGUUUAGCAAAAGCAAGUGUUGUAUGUGUCACACCAUAAAGACACUCAUAUCAAGUUUUGGUGCUAAUUUAACUGUAUACGAAUUAGAUGAACUUCCAAAUGGCCUACAAGUGGAGCGAGCACUGCUGAUGCUAGGCCGGAGGCCUAGCGUACCAGCAGUUUUCAUUGAACAAGAAUUAAUUGGCGGUGCAAAUGAGAUUAUGAGCCUCCAUCUAGAGGGAAAUCUUGUUCCUCUGCUCAUGAAAGCUAAAGCUCUUUGGCUAUAG